UGGAACCAGAAACGGGAGCAUUUUUCGUUAACGCGUGGCGAAUCUCUGUUUACAUAAUUCUUUAAUAAGAGAAAUGGCCGUUGAAUCAAGAGUAACACAAGAAGAAAUUAAAAAAGAACCAGAAAAACCAGUCGACAGGGAAAAGACUUGUCCGCUUCUGCUGAGGGUAUUCACCACGAACAAUGGCAGGCAUCACAGAAUGGACGAGUUUGCCAGGGGAAACGUCCCGUCCAGCGAGCUCCAGAUCUACACCUGGAUGGAUGCAACCUUGAAGGAGCUGACUAGUCUGGUCAAAGAGGUCUAUCCAGAAGCUCGAAAGAAGGGCACACAUUUUGGAUUCGCCAUUGUCUACCCAGACCCCAAAAGACAGGGAUACAGGGUGAAAGAUAUUGGCAGCACAGUGUCUGGCAGGAAGGGUGCAGAUGAUUCAAUGACACUUCAAUCCCAGAGGUUUCAGAUCGGAGACUACCUGGACAUUGCCAUCACCCCGCCCAACAGAGCACCACCCCUGCCGGGUCGCAUGAGGCCCUACUGAACCCCCAAGGAGCCACCUACCCACAAACAGGAAGAUUUUUUAGAGUAGUACAAUUCAUAUAGGUUUUUCAUCUGUCUGGACUUUUAUACUUCAGUUGAAAUUCAGCCUCAUUUAACUAAA